AUGAGGUUAGUAGACAUUGUAACGGUCAUCUUCAUUCCCCGCAACACCAGUCUACCGGGAUCGGGAGUUUAUCAUACCCACUUAAGUGAUGUGUGCAUCUCUGCCAUUUAUCAUCCCACUGCUGGCUGUCACAUCAAUAUUUUCUUAUGUUUUCUGUUCUUCCUGUUCUACCCAGCCGUUACGCUUUUAAGCAUGAUAUUUUUGUCGUUCAUAUCUUUGGUCGAUAGAUCGUUUAGCGAACCUACGCCGGUGAGUGUGGAGGCUCUGCGCUCUAACCACCAUCAUUGCUUAAUUCCCCUCGCAGAUCAGCGAACACACACAUGCAGCUGCUGUGGCAAAUCGUUUACGCGAGCAGACAUUCUACGAAGACAUAUACGUUCAGUUCAUUUGAAACAGCGGCCUCACACAUGCGAGUACUGCGAGAAGUCUUUUGCCUUAAAGAGCGACCUCCGAGUCCACAUAAAUUACAUCCACCAGAAGAAUCGACCUCAUGUAUGCAAAUAUUGUGAGAAAACCUUUUUCCUAAUGAGCCGUCUCCUGGCUCACGAACAUUUUGUUCAUUUGAAACAACGCGGCCAUACGUGUGUGCACUGUGGCAAAUCUUUUGCUCAUAAAUGCUACUUAGAAUUACACGUCAACGCUGUUCAUUUGAAACUGCGCCCCUAUGCAUGUGAACUGUGUGGUAAACUGUUUUCUAAGAAACCCAAUAUGCAAAUGCAUCUCAAAUCUGUCCAUUUGGAACUUCGACCCUUUAAAUGCGAACACUGUGGAGCAUCGUUUCCUCGGAAUGUCCGUUUGCAAACGCACAUCAAAUCUACUCACACAGAACACCGCGACCAUACGUGUAUGCACUGUGACAAAUCAUUUGCCGAAAAGUGGCGUUUGAAAGGCCACAUCAACUCUGUACAUUUGAAACGCCGCGACCAUACGUGUAUGCACUGUGACAAAUCAUUUGCCGAAAAGAGCCAUUUGGAACGCCACAUCAACUCUGUACAUUUGAAUCAGCGGCCCCAUUCAUGUGAACUCUGCGGCAAAUCGUUUGCUGAUAAACGCGUUUUGCGAAGACAUGUCGACUUCGUACAUUCUGAACAACGACCACACACGUGUGAACAUUGUGGUAAAUCGUUUUCCCAGAAGGGCAAUAUGCAAAGACACUAUAAGGUCGUUCAUUUGAAGCAACGACCAUAUACGUGUGAGCAUUGUGGUUGCUCGUUUGCUGAAACGAGCAAAUUGCGAAAUCACCUCAAAUCUGUCCAUUCGAAUUAGACUAUUCAAUGUGGCGAAUCUGCGAUUGGUAAGGUGCACUCCGAAUGUUAUUCUUCAACACUUUCUUAGUAAGUGGAUGCAACAACUGUUGCACUGUUCAUAACAUUUACUUACAAUUCAAUAUUUUCAGAUAAAUCGACCGACGCAACUGACUGACUUGGUGAACAAGCGUGCAGUCCGUCGUGGAAGUCUUCCAGUUCCCAUUUGGCUCUCACGGCAACUUUUGUCUGUAUUUUGAAUACAUUUGUUUCCAUUUACCAA